AUGAGUGCAGACAAACUCUACUCAGUAGAAUUCACAAGAAGCACUAGACGAACGCCUCGACUCACGUUGGACUAUCGUUCUUUGUCGGCCAGAGAGCCUGAUAAACGUAAGUGUUAAAAAAUUAAUUUUACCGUCAAGAGUUCUACUAUAAUAUCAUUUACCAUAGUAGAUGAAUAUGAUUGAAUAGUAUUGUAUAGGUGUCGUUACAGUAGGGAGUACUCUAUAAAAGAAUAUUAUGUUGUUCAAAUAAUUGUAAGCCAUCACUGAACACAAAUUUCCGGGGUUAAGUAGCUCAGAGUUUAUUGAACAACUUAAUAUUCAUUUAUAGUGUGGGUUACUGAGUACUGUAACAACUUUUGUAUAGAGUAUUAUACACUAUAUAAUACGUUACUAUAGGUUAACUGUAAAGAUAUCUUUUGAAAAGACCAUUUACUUUGAUAUACUCAAAUCUGUUUACUUUGAAGUAUAUUAUCCUACAUACUAAUCUCAUGAUGUCAUAAUAGGUAGUUGGAAGAUUACUUUAGUCUAAAUAUUUAACAGCAGUUACUUUCGGAAGUUUCCUUUAUUUCUGACAUAUUAUUUGCUUUGUGAAUAUUUGAUUUUUAUUUAUAUAUAUUCACGUUAUACUUGUAUAUAUAUAUGAUGAUACAGUACUUGACACAUCUCCAGAACAUGUGUAUUUUUGUUUUUGUUAAUUCGGUCAAGAUUAAGAGUAUAUCUUGAUGUAAAACUAAACAACAUUUGUAUGGGAAUGAUGUUAGUAAUUAAUGUUUUGUAAAUAUAUCUUUCCAGAGUACAAUCAUAUGUCUGGCAGUGUGCUACAUGACACAGUAGAUCAAAACAUAGGUUUUUACGUGGCAUUUUUUAAUUGAUUAUGUUUAAAAUUUUGAGGUAUGGUAAAAUACGGGCCUUUUAUUGAAUUCUUGUUUAAAAUACGAUAAAAUUUAAAAAAUAUUUGAAUUUCGUUAAAGUUUUCUCGUUUUUUAUCAAAGACUUGAAUAAUAAAAAGCGACAAGACUUUGGUUGAGCAACCGUCAAGCCUUACUUAUUAAUAUUAGGUUAUUCAAAUAUGUAAUUGUGCUUUCUAAACUCAAAAAUUUGUUUUAAAAAGAGGCACAGGACUAUGUGAACGUCCUAUAAUGUAACAAAAAUGAAUUUCCAUAACCUUUCGUCUUAUUUUUAAGCGUAUUUUACGUAUUUUUUACUCCCAACUCGAUUCUACAUUUGUUUUUUACUGUGUAGGUGAAAGUACGUAAUAAUAGCUCUUGUUGUGGUAUUUAAAUACUCGUUUCAAGCCCCCAAGGGAUUCUUUCCGGGUUGUCGUUAGAGAUAUUCUGGAUAUUUUUACUCUUUGGUGACUUUUCAGUCUUAUACGUUAACAAUCGUAUUUUACAAAAUUUAAGAUUUUUGAAAAAUUUUACAAAAUUUUAAGUGAUGAUUAGCUUGCCUUACUAUUUUUGGACACUUUUCCUCCUUAACCACCUUUUUUUAUCUAAAAAUGCCUUUCUCUAUCCUCCCCACCCUUUCCUCACUUUUUCUUUCUCUACCCUACUCCCCCGUUCUCUUUUUCCCUUUUUUAAAACCACCCCUCCCUUUCCUAAAGUAAAUUCCAUCCAAGACCCGCUGUAUCUACAUUCAUAUUAGCCAAAACGUUUUGUGAAUGUUUUGGACACGUGCAGAAAACUCGAAAAAAGUUUGAUUAAAACGUCCGAGGGGAUUUGAAUUUGGUCCGAAAUCAGUUUUUCGUAUGUCCAUGACAUACGGAACAAACUUUUACUUUCGAUUGUAACGUAUGUUAUCUGACGAAAAUGGAGGACUUUACAGAUUUGUUCCGGGUUUAAGGCGGGGCAGAGGGCUGAAAUGGAAGUGUGGAGGGUCAGAUUAGGACAAAUUCAUAUUGUUUUGGCUAAAUUAUAUCUGUGCUAACACUUUUUUUCUAUUUUUUUCAAUUUUUGUUGGGUUUUAAUACCUAAAUUUUUAAUUUUUGGUCAAGCUUUAUUACCCAAAAUUUGAUUUUUUUGGGGUUUUUAGUCUAUUUUGUUACCUAAAAGGCCACUUUUUUAGUUUUUCAAAACUUUUUGUUCUUUUGAAUUUUUUUAUGUAUUUUGUUACCUAAAGUUUUUUUUAAUUUUACUUUCUUUGAUUUAGAAAUGGAAACGCGCCGGGCCGGCCUUGAGCGAGAAAUGUCGAUCGGGCCGGGCAUAACAUUCAGGUACGGCCCGGCCCGUUUCUCACGUCUAAUUUUAUUACCUAAAACGGAACUUUUUUAAUUCUUCAAGGUUUCAAUACAGUUGUAUUUUUUAUGCACUUUAUUACCUAAACUUUGAUUUUUUAAAAUGUUUUAAAUCUUAUUACCUAAAAAGGUACUUUUUCUAAAACUUACAUUUCAGUUCCUAACCUUUUACUUUUUUUAUUUUUUUAUUCAUUUUGUUACCUAAAAUUUCGAUUUUUGAAUUUUACUUUGUUUUAUUAAUACCUAAAAGGUCACUUUUUUGAUUUUCAACGUUUCAAUACAUAACGUUUAGUUUUUUUGAAUUUUUUAUGUAUCUUGUUACCUAAAAUUUAAUUUUUUUGCAUUUUACUUUAUUUUAUUAUCUAAAAGGCAUUUUUUUAAACUUUUUAACCUUAUAAUACCUAAUCUUUACUUUUUUCAAUUUUUUUUUAUUUUGUUACCCAAACUUUAAUUUUUUCACAAAAUUCAUCAAUUUUAGGUAUUAUAUAAAACUGCCAUUUUUGGUUUAAAAAAUAUUUCAUGAUAACUUUCCCACCUACAACAAUAUUGCUAUGUUUUUUGUGACAAUUUAAUAUUUGUGCAAGGUUGAAAUGCUUGUCUAACGUGUUGAAAGAGACUCAAGUGCUUAUCUCACCUACUACAACAUUUUAUAAAAAAUUGAAUGUUUGACAAACUUUUGCACAUUCAAAGCGCUCAAGUGGGGUAAACAGUGGUUGUCACCAACAUGAUUCUACAACAUUGAGUUCAGUGUAUAAAAAAUUGGCAUAUUAUGUUGAAAAUGGGAGUUUAUUCAGUAUAAUAUAGGUAUAAGUGACAGAAAGAGGCGUUUUGAAGAAGAAUAAUAUAAAAUUAGUAUAUUCACAGGAAUAAUCACAAUAUUGUAGUCUUAUGCGUAUAUGAACUACAAUACUUUAUGUAUAUGAUACAUUUCUAUAUCAUAAAACGUGUCAUAUGUUAUGUUACUAUGUCUUUUGAAUAGGAUAUGUACUACAAUUUUUACAUUACAUUUCAAUACCAAUGUAAUUAUAAAUAUUCAUAUACGUUUAACUACAAAGUAACCUUAUGUAUAUACCUCUAAUAUUAUAAUUUUCAGCUCAAGUCUCUCCUAAGUCGCGUCGCAAGUUGCCAACAACUCCCACCGACAACUCGAGCAACCGAUUGAACGUUGAAUUUGGGCGACUUCAUUGUACGGAAAGUUGCGACCAGUUGAACUCAAGACGAUCUCAAGGUAAAUACUCUAAAGUAAACAAUCGUAUCUUCACGUGACAAAGUUUUGAGAAAUUUUGAAAAUAUUUUGAUUGACAGUUUACUGUAACAUUAAAAAAAGUUUUUGAGGACUUCCGGGUACUUAAAAAUACUGCUCUAGGCUUAGUCCAGAGCCUUAGCCCUGAGUCCUAGCCUAGAGCUCUAGACCAGAACCCUAGCCCAGAGCCCUAGCCUUAGGCUUAGUUUUAGUCUGAGCCUUAGGUUCAGCCUUAGGUUUAGUUUUAGCUUUAGCCGUAGCUUAAGACAUAGCUUGCCAAAGCCUAGCUCUAUUCUAGCCUUAUUUUAAGCGUUACCUAGUCUAGUUUAUUAUAGCAUUACGCUAGCCUUACUUCAGUUUCUUACUGUCCGGUAUUAUAGUAUACGUGCAGUAAACUCAACAGUAUUUAGCGACUAAAAGACUAAUGAAUUACUCUGUAACCGCAAAUACUGUAAUGAGAGAACAAUAAACUUUUGGGUUUGAAUGAAUGAGAACAGAGUUAUUGUUAUUAGCAGUCACAUUGUUUCUCAUAAUUGGAAAUACUUCUGCGGCAUGGGUAAUAUAAUUGAGGGUCUAUUUGAUUAUAGCAUGUUGGGUUCGAGUAAAGGUGGGAAUUACUUUAAGCUUAUGUUAUUAUAGGCCUGUAAUGCGGUUUAUGUUAUUAUAGACAUCGAAUGUGGUUUAGGUGUGUUUUUUUCUGUUGAAGUGUUUUACUUUAAUAUCAUGGGUGUUUCUUGGCUUUAUAUGAUGUACUUUUGACUAUGAGAAAAUGUAGUAGUCGUACAUGGUUUGGAUGAUACAUGUGAUUAAGUUUUGGCAUUUUACGUUAUGUUUUUUUUUCAGAAACUUCCCCCCUCCCCUCUCCUUUACCUUACAUUUUUCUGAGUUUGCCUAGAGCAGUAAAUACUAUUUACGUACGUAGAUAUACUGUAACAUACCUAUAUGAGAGUACCUACAGCCUUCGCAUUGAUAUGUCACGUAGCCUAGAGCAAUGUUUGACCUUACCUAGGCCUCAUACGGUCAUUGCACAAACACAACAAUGUCAUCAUAAUUGUUGUCUUUUGAAUUUUGAGUUCAAAAGUUGAACUUCUAUUUGGGGAAUAAAAUAACAUUUGGUAUUAGAAAGAAUAGUAUUUUAUUUACCAGUUGAGUAACAUCACCUUCAUCAAUAGAAAAAAGGUCAUUUUAGAUGAAUAAGAAUGUUAUGUUAACCACAGAUUACCUUUUUUGUCUAGGUAUUCUGUUUUGAAGAUACUUCGGUUUUUUAAAGUACAGCAACCUUUUUGGGUUAGAUCUUUGGCUUUUAUGGAUAAAUAUGCAAAUUUUUUGAUACGGUAAUCAGUGUUGGCAAGAGGAGUUUUAGUCUGCCACUAGGGCUAGAGCUGGAGCUAAAGCUAGGUCUAGAACUAGGGCUCUGGGCUAAGACCUUGGGCUUGGACUCUGGGCUAGGGCUCUGGGGUAGGGCUCUGAGCUAGAGCUCUGAGCUAGGGUUCUUUGCUAGGGCUUUAAGCAAGGGCUCUUGGCUAGGGAUCUGGGCUAAGGCUUUGAACUAGGGCUUUGGACUAGGGCUCUAGGCUAGGACUCUGGGCUAGGGCUCUGGACUAGUGUUCUGGGCUAGGGCUCUGGGCUAGGGCUCUGGGUUAAAGCUCUGGGCUAGAAGCUAAGGCUCUAAGCUAUGACUAGGGUUUUAAAAGAGUAACACUACCUUCAAAACCUAAUUGUUCAAAACGGAAAUGAGCUGCGUAUGUCAGCGGAAGUUGUAAAUCGAGUCAAGUCUUGUUUUUACUGUCACUUUGCUUGUUUGUUGUACGUGAAGAGUGGAAAGUAACUCGAGAUGGGUAAAACAAUAUGGUUUUGUAGUAUUGUUUUGAACGUUUACUUACCUUACUGCUUAGAUUACUCUUAUGUUUCUGUUUGUUUUGUCACAUUUCUUUUGAUAAUUCAUGUUCUUUGGGGGAACCCAAUGGAAACAAAGUUCUUGCGGGUUCAAUUUUUUGAAUUGGGUAAAAAAGAAAAGGUAUACGUAAAGUGUGGUAAAAAGUAUAUGGGGAGGGGGGGGAUAAAAGUUUUUGAUGAAAAGAAAUUUGUCGAAUUUUUGCAUAAAAAGCUUCCGGUCGAUUAAUUUAAAAUUUAAAUAAAAUUUAAAAAUACGAACUUUUCCCAUUUAAUAUUUAUGAAUUUUCCAAAACAAUAAGCGUUGUUGCCUAGAUAUUCUAAUUAUGACAUUGGAAUUGCUAUAUUAUUCGUUUUGUUACCUAAAUUUUAUAAACUUAAUUUUUUUUAAAUUUAAAAAAAAAUAAUGUUUAUUUUACUCUAGCAUUAUCUUGGUCGUACUUUGUUCUAUUUUUACUGAUUUUCUUAUACCUGUAGCUUUAGUUUAAUAAAAAAUGCUUCUUUUCAGAAUAUCGACCGAUCUACUUGAAUGUGACACCCAAUUACUGUCCAUCACCAGUACCAUCUCCUAGUCCAGUCCAAUCAGCCAAUAUGCAAAAGACGUCUUUUUUGAAAAAGCUCCAGUUCCAAGGAAGGGUAGGUUCUCAAUUUUUUCAAUACAUUUAGUACUUCAUGGAUGUUCUUUAUACUAUGAUAUUUUAUUGAUGCGAAAAGAUUGGCGUGAUUAAAAUUAAUUUUAAUUUAGGUUAAAUAA